AUGAGUGACCAAACUAUGCAUAUUGCUAUGUAUCCCUGGUUUGCUAUGGGACAUUUGACCUCUUAUCUCCACAUCUCCAACAAACUUGCUGAGAGAGGCCACAAAAUCUCCUUCUUCAUUCCCAUCAAAACACAACCCAAGAUGGUGCAAUUCAAUCUCCAUCCGCAUCUCAUUUCCUUCAUCCCCAUCAAUGUUCCUCAUAUUGAUGGACUCCCUCUUGGCACCGAAACCACAGCCGAUAUUCCUCUCCAUUUGCACCCCCAUCUUGCAACCGCUAUGGACCUAACUCGACCCCAAAUUGAACAAUCCCUUAGAGAAAUCAACCCGAAUUUCGUGUUCUAUGAUUUCAGUUACUGGUUGCCUGCAUUCCUACGUCAACUAGGAAAGACUAUUAAGUCGGUGCAUUACUGUACAAUUAGUCCUGCAACUGUGGGCUACUUGAUAAGUCCCGAGAGAAAACUGAGUGAGAAAACACUGACAGAAUUUGAAUAUAGGGAGGCUCCAACUUCAUUUCCUUCGUCUUCGAUCAAGCUACGGCCUCAUGAAGCUCGAGGACUUGCCUAUGGUGCAAACAAGGAAUACGGCCGUGGGAUAACAUUUCUCAAACGCCAGCAGAUUAACUUUGGUGAUUGUGAUGCCAUUGCGUUUAAAACUUGUAGAGAAUUGGAGGGUCCAUUUUGUGAUUAUCUCGAAACGCAACUGAGGAAGCCGGUGAUUCUUGCUGGUCCAGUUGUGCCAGAUCCCCCAAGUUCACAUUUGGAAGAGAAAUGGGCAAACUGGCUUGGAGGCUUCGACUCAAAAACUGUGAUUUUCUGUGCUUUUGGAAGUGAAUGCAUUUUGAGGAAAGAACAAUUGCAAGAACUUUUGUUGGGUUUUGAGCUUACUGGUUUGCCUUUCUUCGCUGCGCUGAAGCCGCCAACCGGAGUUGAAUCAAUUGAAUCAGCGUUGCCACAAGGGUUCUUGGAGAGGGUUGAAGGAAAAGGGAUUGUUUAUGGGGGUUGGGUUCAGCAGCCUUUGAUACUUAAGCACCCAUCUGUGGGUUGCUUUGUGACACAUUGCGGUUCAGGGUCUUUAUCCGAGGCAUUAGUGAAUGAGUGCCAAUUGGUACUCCUGCCAAAUGUGGGAGAUCAGAUCAUCAAUGCGAGGAUGAUGAGUGGUGAUCUGAAAGUGGGAGUUGAGGUUGAGAAAGGGGAUGAAGAUGGCUUGUUUAGCAAGGAAGGCGUUUGCAAAGCUGUGAAAGCUGUGAUUGAUGAGGACAGUGAGGUUGAGAAGGAGGUGAGGGCCAACCAUGCUAAGUGGAGGGAGUUCUUCUCCAGCAAAGGGCUCGAGAGCUCGUACAUUGAGGAUUUUGUACACAAGCUCCAUAAACUGCUAAGAUGA